AUUUAAGUUUAGAGGAAGUAUUUUGCCGCGGUAUUCGGUAGUUGGGGAUGAAGGCGUUAAUUGAAAAGUGUACAUCAGAAAAAAAUACACAAGAUAAUUGGGAUUUAAUUUUAGAAAUUUGUGAAAAAUACGCUAAACAAGAGCCAGCAAUUUGUAUUCAAACAAUAUGUAAACGAAUAUUUCAUAAAAAUCCAAAUGUAUCUAUACGAUCUAUAACAUUAUUAGAUGCAUGCAGUAAAAAUUGUGGCAAACAAUUUAAUCGAGAAUUAGCUUCAAAAGAUUUUUCACAAUUAAUUAAGAAAAAUUUUUCGAGUUUACAACGUAUUCCAUCUAUUAAAUUAAUUGAUAUCUUUGAAAAAUGGUCAAUUGAAUUUAAAAAUGAUUCAGAAUUAGCAUUAGCAGCUAGUUUUUAUAAUUGGGUUAAAACUGAAUAUCCAGAUCUUGUGAAACAAGCAAUGAAUGAAAGACAAAUAGUUAAACAUGGUCCUUCACGCCAACAUGUUGCACAAUUACAAGCUAAAGAAGAAGAAGAUCUAGCACAAGCUAUUGCUUUAUCACUGAAAGAUUCUGACAGUUCAACACCAUCCCAUCUAAACAAACAAUCUAUUACCACUUCAAAUGAGAAGUCUAGUUUAUAUCCUUCCUGCUCUCAACUUCCAUUUAGUUCACUUUCAACUUAUUCGACACCAGCAUCAUCAUCAAAUGCCUCUAAAACAACUGCUCCUCGCAAUUCAAAGGGACAGGUAAGAGCAUUGUACGACUUUGAAGCAGCUGAAGACAAUGAAUUAUCAUUCAAAGCUGGAGAGCUUAUUCUACUCUUAGAUGAUUCCGAUGAGAACUGGUGGCUUGGAAGCAAUAAUCAAGGUCAAGGUUUAUUUCCUGCUCAAUUUGUCAAACGUGAAACUGAACUUGAUGGAGUAAAUAAUGUUAAAUCAAAUUCAAGCGAAGUUUCUCACAAUACAGAUGUUAAAAAGAACCAAUCCACCAAAAAAAUUGUCCCCCAACUUGAUGAGAAAAAAAUCGAUGAAUGUUUACGUCUAAUUACAACUGUAGAUCCUACUGGUGAAUUUCAACAAGAUCCACCAGAAUUAAGUCAACUUGAAGCAGAAUGUAUAGCAAUGGUCCCACUUGUUGAUCCUGAAUUAAAAUUAGUUGAUAAAGAAAUUAUUAUGCUUACAGAAUUAAAUCAACGUUUAUUAGAUGCAUUUCAAUUGUAUCAUGAUAUCAUGUCACGUCAGAAUCCGUCAAAUGCUUAUUAUACUGGAAUGUCCAAUACUAUUGCUAACACCACGACUAACCCAAUAAAUCCAACAAUCCCUUAUUUACCACCAAAUACUCCAAAUAUAUAUCCAUACACCCAGCCAACAUCGUCGAUGACUAAAUCUGCAUCUACAGUACCUAUGAAUGGAUUCACUAUGCCAACAGAUUUGAAUGGAACUGUGAUGUUCCCUCCUACUGACUCUUACCCUAUGUCAACUGGAAUUUAUGCAAAUCCACAAACAGAAAAUUUCAGUGGUAAUCUUCCUCAUAAUCUUCAUAGUGGUCAAAUAUCAUCUCAACACUUUCCUGUACAGCAGUUUUAUGAAUCAAAUCAAAUAGUACCUCCUGAUGUUGUUACACAACAAAUGCAAUCAUAUCCAUCUGGCAGUAACAAUUAUGGAGUUCCAAUUUAUCCAAUGAAUGAUUCUCAAUCUAUGGUGUAUACAGAUCAAUCAAACAACACCCUCUCAACUCAGAGAAAACAAUAACAACCGUAGGUUUCAUAAAAAAAAUGCUAGGAAUCCUGAGAACCAUUUUAUUCAUGAAAAUGAAAGAUAUGCUAUCAAGAUGGGUUUUGUUCUGUUUUUCACAAAAGAAAAGUUUCAUUCCUUCGAUAUAAUAAACAAAUGAUUUCUUUUAUAAACAAAUACCUUCAGUUAAGUAAGCUCUAAUAAACUUUAACCGUUUUCAAUUUGUCUUUCAUUCUCAAAAGUACUACUCACUAGUAGUAGUUCAUCUGUUUGUUUGCUUUUUGUCUGUAAACUAUCAAAUUAUCUUCAUUCUAUCAUUUGUGAUUUCAUUAAAUAUAAUUAUUAUAAAUAAUUGUAAUAAUUCAUUGUACUUACAUAAGUAAAUGGGAUCUCAUUAAUACCUUU